AUGUUUGGACAUAAUGUCUUAUUUUUACUCAUUUCAUUGUGUGUUUCAAUUCACUGCGACUUCGGUCACCAUUAUAGAGACCACUGGGAUCGAGUUCCGGAACCUCCGGUGAAAUUAAAUCCCGUUAAAUCUUCUGUUAACAAUAAUUUGAUAAUUAAAGACGGAUCGGUUUUAGAUUUUUCAAAUUCUGGACUAACUCGUUUAAAGAAGUCUUUUUUGAACAGUUCCGUAAUAACCCACCUGUUUUUGACCGACAAUGACAUUUGGGAAAUUGAAGAAGGUGCUUUUGAUAGCUUACCGAAUUUGGUUUAUCUUAAUUUAACUGGCAAUUUAAUACCGUUUAAUGAACUGAAUUUUGGAAACGAGUCAAAAAUUGAAGAGUUGGUUUUGGACAACGCGAUUAAGAACCCCGAUUACAAGUCUGAUAUUGCUUUUUCAAACAACAAUAACCUGUGCAGCAAAGUGACAUAUUUCCGAAUAAAAAGUUUAAGCCAGAGCAAUACAAUUAUUCUUAAAAGCCAAAUGAAGCUGCCGAAUUUGAAAAAGUUGUAUUUGAGGAACAACAAUAUUGAAUCGAUUGAUGAAAAUAGUAUUGCAUCGUUAAAGGAAUUAAUGCCAAAUAUUUCUCAUCUUAUCCUGGAGCACAAUCGAAUUUCUUCAGUAAGUUUCAUUAAAUUUUUGCCAUCAACUGUGACCGAUUUGCUGCUGAGUGACAAUGUAAUAUCCAAAUUCGAGAGUGUGUCGUUGAACCAUCUGAAGACUUUGGAAAUAAGUGACAAUAAGAUCAAAAAUUUGUGUGGUACUUACGGACAUUGCGACGGUAUCACUCUGAAAAGUGCUACAAAUUUGGAAGUAUUGUUGAUGUCAAAUGUUCAACUUCAAAACAUCGAAUCUAAUUCGUUUGAAGAUCUGGGAAAUUUGCUGUUGUUAGAUUUGUCACGAAAUAAGAUCGGAGACAUUGCUAAAUAUACUUUUGACAAUUUGACGAAUCUAAUGAUACUGUGGUUGGACCACAAUAAAUUGGACAGUAUACCUGACGUUUGCGGUCUGAAAAAUUUGGAAUCUUUUUCGCUGGCUCACAACAAGAUCAAAAUCAUCGACGACUCGAUGUCUUGCUUAUCGAAAGUAAAAGAACUAAAUUUGAGUAACAAUAUCUUAGAUGAGAUAAAUUCCGAGGCGUUUAGUAGUUUUGUUGAGUUAGAGGAAUUAGAUCUUUCGGGUAAUAAACUUGUUAUCUUGCCUGACAACUGGAUACCUUUGACGUCAAAUUUGCAGCACUUGGAUCUACAUAAUAAUUUGUUUACAAGUCUCGCUAGUAUGUCGUUAACUAAGGCUGAGAAUUUGAAGUCUCUUAGUAUCGGAAUGACGCAUUUAAAAAAAUCUCCGACCAAUUAUUUGGUAACGCACAUCUACUUGACGAACAAUAACAUUUGGAAAAUCGACGAUGGCGCUUUUGAAAGUUUUCCCAAUUUGAUUUAUCUGAACUUGACCGGCAAUUUGAUUCCUUUAGAAGAAUUAAAUUUCUUUGAAGAGUGCAAAAUCGAGGUUUUGGUGCUAGACAGAGCGAUAAUGAGAGGAAAUAUUGAGGGAUACACUUGUUGUGAAGAAUCUCGGGAGAAAGAAGACAUAAAACACUACCGGCAAAGAAGUUACGCGAAAGAUGUUGCUUUCAAGCCAGGUGUUUCGAUGAAGUUGAAGAAACUUCGGAGUUUGUACCUACGAAACAACAAUAUCAAAGAUAUAGAGUUGGAUCAUCUUACGCUUCUAAAAGAAAUCAUGCCGAGUUUAGCGUAUCUCUAUUUGGAUAACAAUCGUAUUUCAUCAGCAAACUUCGUAGAAUUUCUCCCUUCAACGCUCACACAUUUGUAUUUGACGAACAACAACAUAUCUAAGUUCAAAAGCAGAUUCUUGAGGAACUUGAAACUCCUGAUGCUUGACAGAAAUCCGAUCAAACAUUUGUGCGGUAGCAAGAUAGCUAUCUGCGAUGGCUUAACCUUGAACAGUGCCGUAAAUUUGCAAGUUCUUUCCCUGUCUAGAAUAGAGCUCCAAGAUGUCCAGGUGGAUUCUUUUAGAGAUUUGGAAAACUUGCUCUUCUUAGACCUGUCGCACAAUGAAAUUUACCAAAUUCUGGAUCAUACUUUUGACAAUCUUCCAAGUUUGAGGAUUCUUCAUCUAGAUCACAACGACCUGGACACUGUUCCAGAUACUUGCGGCUUGAAGAAUCUCGAGUACUUAUCAAUAACCUUCAACAGAAUAAAAGCUAUCGAUUCGUCGAUGUUCUGCGGACUGCCAAAAUUGGCGUAUUUGAAUAUGAGCAGCAAUAUUUUGGACGAAAUAAACCCAGAGGUAUUCGGCGAGACUACAACCAAGAUAAUAAAAGUUGCAGAUCCUCAAAAUAACUGGGAGCUUCCGGAAAUGGAUUAUAGCUUUGCGAGUUCAGUUAUUACUCAUGUUUUUCUGAAAAACAACGACAUUUUUAAGAUCGAAAAAGGUGCGUUUGAUGAUUUACUGAAUUUGGCGUAUUUGGAUCUGUCGGAAAAUAUUUUUUAUUUUGAAGAAUUGGGAGAAAAUUUGAGCAUUGAAACAUUGGUUCUUGACGCAGCUCUUUACAAACCUGAUGAUUCUUAUGGCUAUUACAAUUACAAUGAUUAUGAAAAAGUAAUGAGAUACAGAGAAAGAAAAUCAAGUGAUUCAUAUGUUCUAUCUUUAAAUCGAACUAAUUAUUUGCCAAAUCUCAAAAAAUUGUACCUUCGACGGAAUAAUAUAAUGUCUGUAUAUACAGAAGAUUCAUUAACGUUAAAAGAUAUAAUGCCAAGUUUGACUCACCUGUACCUCAACGAAAAUCGGCUCUCAUCCGUAAGUUUCAUGAAAAUUCUCCCGACGUCGUUGAGUUAUUUGUAUUUGAACAGCAACGGCAUCUCACAAUUCGAAAGCGGCUUUCUGAAAAAUUUAAUCGUGUUAACUCUCGAUGGGAAUCCAAUAAAAAAUCUCUGCGGAAAUUUUGGUUACUGUCAAGGAAUGACCUUGAAAAGUGCAGUGAAUUUGAAAAUUCUGUCAAUUUCUUCAAUGAUGCUAACGAAAAUCGAAGCUGACUCAUUUGCAGAUCUGGGUAAACUUUUGUACUUAGACAUGUCUCAUAAUAAAAUUGAAACAUUUUUUAACGAGACUUUUGACAACUUAUCAAGCUUAAUGAUCUUAAAACUAGACUUUAACCAACUUAAAUCCGUUCCUAACAUUGGCGCGAUCAAAAAUUUGGAGAAUUUUUCAAUUUCACAUAAUAACAUCUCUUUAUUAGAAGACUGGCCUUUUUUUGGAUUGUCCAAUCUUAGAAAAUUGAAUUUGAGCUACAAUGAAAUCACCGAAAUUAAAUCGAAAUUCUUCGAUAAUUUAUCUUCGUUAGAAUCAUUGGAUCUCUCUGGAAACAAGCUCAAGAUUUUACCCGAAUAUUGGAUACUACCGCUAUUUAGCUUGCAGUCUUUGUACUUGCAAAAAAAUUCCUUUUCAAAUAUUUCGGAUUUAGGACUGACAGAGGCUGGAAAUUUGAUGUUCUUGAAUAUUGGGAACAAUCCAUUUAAGUUGGUGAGUUUGAGCGGUUUGAGAGCUCUUUCGGAAGAUGCUAUCAUCAACAUGGAAGGAAUGGGCCAUCAGCAACUUGAAAUGGGAUCUUCUUCGCAUGGCAACACUUGUCAGCAGUAUUGUUCAAAUCGCUAUGGUUAA